CCAAGUGUUGAUUUCCGAUUGACAGCAAGUGAAGUUUACUGGGAGUCUACUACACGGUCACUGUUUUAGCCUUUCCUAGAACAUUUUGGCUUCAUUUCGACCGAUCCCUCGGGAUUAUUCGUUAACAAUGGAAUAAGAAGUAAUCAUGGUGGUAAAUUCAGUGCACUGGUUUCGUAAAGGUCUGCGGUUGCACGAUAAUCCGGUGUUGCAGGAGGCCCUCAAUGGAGCGGACACCGUGCGCUGUGUUUAUAUCCUAGACCCGUGGUUCGCUGGCGCAGCCAACGUGGGAAUCAACCGAUGGAGGUUUCUGCUGGAGGCUCUGGAGGAUCUGGACAGCAGUCUGAAGAAGCUCAGUUCCAGAUUGUUCGUAGUCAGAGGGCAGCCUACUGAUGUUCUACCCAGGCUUUUUAAGGAAUGGAAAGUGACCAGGUUGACGUUUGAAUAUGACCCAGAGCCUUAUGGGAAGGAGAGGGAUGGGGCCAUCAUCAAGAUGGCCCAGGAGUUUGGAGUGGAGACCAUUGUCAGAAACGCACACACCCUCUACAACCUGGAUAGGAUAAUAGAGGCAAACAACAACAGUCCUCCUCUGACCUUUAAGCGGUUUCAGACCAUUGUGGGCAGACUGGAGUUGCCCAGGAGACCUCUGCCUCCCAUCACCAAGCAGCAGAUGGAAAAGUGUCGCACUAAAAUAGCUGAUAACCAUGACCAGCUAUACAGUAUACCUUCACUGGAAGAACUAGGUUUCAGGACAGAAGGUUUGCCUCCAGCUGUGUGGCGCGGAGGAGAGACAGAGGCCUUGGACAGACUCAACAAACAUCUGGACAAAAAGGUGUGGGUGGCCAACUUUGAGCACCCUCGUGUCAACACAUGCUCUCUGUAUGCCAGUCCCACUGGCCUCAGCCCCUACCUGCGCUUUGGCUGUCUGUCCUGUAGGGUUUUGUACUACAACCUCAGAGAGCUCUACAUGAAGCUCCGUAAGCGUUGCAGUCCACCUCUGUCCCUGUUCGGCCAGCUGUUAUGGAGGGAAUUCUUUUACACAGCUGCCACCAACAACCCAAACUUUGACCGCAUGGACGGAAACCCCAUCUGUGUUCAGAUCCCAUGGGACCAGAACCCAGAGGCACUAGCCAAGUGGGCUGAGGGUCGGACUGGUUUUCCCUGGAUUGACGCCAUCAUGACCCAGUUGAGACAGGAGGGCUGGAUCCACCACCUGGCCCGGCAUGCCGUCGCCUGUUUCCUCACCAGGGGAGACCUGUGGAUCAGCUGGGAAAGUGGCAUGAAGGUGUUUGAGGAGCUGCUGCUGGACGCAGACUGGAGUGUAAAUGCUGGAAGUUGGAUGUGGCUGUCCUGCAGUGCCUUCUUCCAGCAGUUCUUCCACUGCUACUGUCCGGUUGGCUUUGGGAGGAGAACUGACUCAUCAGGAGACUACAUCAGGCGAUACAUCCCCAUCUUAAAGGACUAUCCAAACCGCUACAUUUAUGAGCCAUGGAACGCCCCUGAGUCGGUCCAGAAGGCAGCCAAAUGUGUGGUGGGAGUGGACUACCCCAAACCUAUGAUCAACCACGCAGAGGGCAGCAGGCUCAACAUUGAGAGAAUGAAACAAGUUUACCAGCAACUCUCCCACUACAGAGGACUCAGUCUACUAGCAUCGGUACCAACGAUCCAAGAGGAGGCAGAGCCACCAAUGACAGAUGAGUCCCGGACCAGCAGUGGCCCUGACUCUCCUCCCAAAGGUCCUGCUGACAGUGAAGCAGCUGACUGCUCUACAGCUCCUGAUUCAUCCACAGUCUGUGCAUUCUCCACCUGUGCCCCAUAUCCAGACCUGGAGGGGGCAGCAAACAGUCACCCUUUCCAAUCACCCUGCGGGUACUCAGUCUCACACACACAGCCCUCUGCAUCCAUAACAUCUACAUCUGUCAGCCAAGCUCUGUCUGCAGGAGCUCCUCCCUCCCCAACCUCAACACCAACGCAGAGCAGUCUGUCAAGGUUCAGACCCUCCUCCCCUUCUUCUUCAUGUCCCACCAUGUCCCCAUCCCCCAGUCCAGCCACGACCAUGACUCACCACUCCUUUUUGGGGCAGAAGAGGAAAGGCCUUGUCAGCAAGGUGCGGUGCAUCCAGAGGCAGCAAAGGCGACAAAGCUGCACUCCAGCAGCCGAGGAGGAGGAAGAGAGAGAGGAAGCCAGAGUGGAGGAGAGGAUGGAGCAGGAUGUUGAGCAGGAUGAGGAGAGAAUGCAGGAAGAGACAGCGGGUCAUCAGCAGUGAUACGAGGUGGAAAUCAAAAGACCAAUCUUCAAACAUACAUCGCAGACAACUGGACCCAUAAAGACAUACAAGGAAACCUGUUCUGGAUAUGUGCGCAAUAUAAAUAUAUAUGAGCAUGCAUACAACACAAUUGGAAGAGGUACAAAUGCAUUUUACUCACAUUGACUCCAGCCAGAAAAAAA